CUAUCCAAAAGUUUAGAAGGAAGGGAGAUCUUCUUCUCGCUGACGCGGUUGCUGACUGUCACCUUUAUCUUCUCCUUGACUUGCAUAUCCUUUCUUCCGCCUACUCUAUGUUAUCCCUCCUUGCUUUCGGAUUCUUUCCAAGCUGUCGGAAAACCAUGUUUAACCACUCUCUCUCUUAUCACCUCUCUCUGCUCUUCCAGGAAGACGGUCUUCCUGAAGAAAAGCUGCUAUAUCCAUGCUUGCUGUGAACUUGGUGGCAUCCAUCAUCUGUGCAGCUUCACGGGUUCCCUCUCUCUGGGUCUCCCAUCACCUUUCUACAUCUAGGGAUAUACAACAAGCUUGCAAGUUUAAGGUGUUUUCCACCACUUAAGAAACUGCCUUUGGAAGUGGUUCGAAAUCCAGCGAUGUGUUCCUCCACUUUGGUCCGGCCAAGGAAAAUGGCCCUUCCUUCAAGAACGGGCCCCGACUCAUCUUCCAAGCUUCUCGAUGAAUUCGACAGCCCGAUUAUACCCGGUUUGCCUGAUGAUGUGGCGAAAACGUGUCUUGCACUCGUUCCCCGUCGCGAGUUCCCAUCUAUGGGCUUGGUUUGCAAGAGGUGGAGGUCAUUUCUCGGGAGCAAGGAAUUCCUGCUCGAGCGAAAGCUAGGAGGUACUCUUGAAGAAUGGGUUUUUAUCCUAACCACAGGUGCCGGAAAGAAGGAAAGCCAUUGGGAGGCCACCGAUGGCUUAGGAAACAAGCAAUGGCGUCUCCCCCCGAUGCCCGGUCCGUUGAAGUCCGGUUUCGGGGUGGCAGUUGUCGAUGGAAAGCUUUUAAUCGUUGGCGGCUAUGCAGUGACAGGUGGAUCCGGCGCUGUCUCUGCGGAAGUUUACCAAUAUGACUCUUGUUUGAACAGUUGGAGCAAAUUAAGGAAUAUGAACGAGGCUCGUUGCAGCUUCGCUUGCGCCGAAGUAAAUGGAAUGGUCUAUGCCGUCGGAGGGUACGGAGCCGACGGCAACAUCAUCGGUAGCGCCGAGGCAUACGACCCCAACACGGGCAAGUGGACUCUGAUAGAGAGCCUCAGGCUCCCGAGGUGGGGAUGCUUUGCCUGCGGUUUCGAGGGCAAGCUCUACGUGAUGGGAGGGCGGUCGAGCUUCACUAUCGGGAGCGCGAGAUCGGUCUGCAUCUAUGACCCUGAGAAGCGGGCGUGGUGCGAGCUGAAGCACGGGUGCGUCAUGGUGACCACCCACGCCAUGCUCGGGACGAGGCUCUUCUGUAUGGAGUGGACAACACAGAAAAAGCUGUCUGUUUUCGACCUGGGAAAGAACUCGUGGGACACGGUAUCGCUCCCGCCUCACCGGAGCUCGGAAGCCGGGUUUCGGCUCGGGACUUUGGACGGGAGGCUCUUGCUGUUCGCGGCUAUGGAAGUGGCAGGUUAUCACACCUUGUCCUAUGACCCGAAUGCGGCGCCCGGUUCGGAAUGGCAAGCUUCGAAGAUCAAUCUAUCCGGGUCAUGCUUGUAUAGUGUAACAAUCAAGGCAUGAGAGAGUCAUGCCCAUACCUGUAUCCCCUCCUGUAAAUAGUAGCUUUUGUUGGAUCGGUCGUAUGAUAUUCACGGUGACUUUUCUAAACUGACGUUUUCAAGAUUUCUCAGAAGAACACCUUCAACACUUUUAUGAUUCAAGAUAUUCAUGUCCAUCUCCAUUCAAGAAAUCAAGAAAAGUAAAAGUAUAUA